AUGAACUUCAAAUAUUAUCAAAAGUUAUCACUUGAUUUGGCAGAACUCUACGAGGAUGAUGCGUUCUGUGAUGUUAUCAUUGAAGCGGGACACGCCCCAAACAAUAAAAUAUUUCGUGCGCAUUCACUCAUUCUAAACUAUAGGUCAUCUUAUUUUCGUAGAAAAUUAUCUCAAGAGUCCGCGAAUGGAAGAAUUGAAUUCAAGUUCAACGUCUCUUGUGAGGUCAUUCAAGUCAUGCUCAACCAAUCACCUUUAAAUAUCUUACCGCCUAGAAGAAUUGCCGCUUCGAUAUAUAACAUUAAGAAUCAUAGUCGACCAAAUUCCCGACCAAAUUCCCGACCUGGUUCUCGACCCGGUUCUCGACCCAAUUCUCGAUCCAAUUCCCGAUCAAAUUCUCGCCCAAGUUCUCCUCUUUUACAAUCACCUGCUUAUUUUAGAAUCGAUGAUAUCGAUUCGGAAUUAAUUACAUGCGAAAACGCGAGUCUCAUCGCAAAUUGGAUUGGUCGUCAAAGUACUUAUGCUUUAAAUUAUGAGCCGAACCUCGGCCCUUCCUUUGGGAUUUCCGAUUUAAAGAUUGAGGGAAGCAAUUUUAGAAAUGAGAGUAAAUGUUAUUGUUUGAAAGGAUGUUAUGAGAAGAGUAUUAGAACAACCUCAGGAUUUUUUUCCAUAGAAGAUUAUGAAGUAUUUCAGGUUAGAAAAAAAUGA